GCUCCUGACAGGCAGUCACUCCUGGGGGGCCGGGGGGGGGGGGGGACGAGGCGGUUUGGUUGUCAUGGCGACGGCGCGGUUGGCCUGGGCCCUGCGGGCCACCGCUGCAGGCGGGAUGCUGCGCUGCGCUCGAGGGAAUGGGGGCGCCCGGAGGCUGAGCGGCAGCACACGACGGCGGGCAGCGAGGGGGGCCAGCCCCGGCCGCCGGCUCAGCACUGCCUGGGCGCCCGCCCCACCUGCACUAGAAGAGGCAGUGGGCUCGGAGAAUAAAGUCAACUCGCCUGCAGCAGAGGAGCCGUCGUGGACGCCGCCCCCCGCCCCCCAGCAAACCCCCGGAUCCCCGGGCGGCCGCUCGCUGGUACAACGGGAUAUCCAGGCCUUCCUGAAUCAGUGCGGGGCCAGCCCCGGGGAGGCGCGCCACUGGCUCACGCAGUUCCAGACCUGCCACCACUCCGCGGAUAAGCCCUUCGCUGUCAUCGAGGUGGACGAGGACGUGCUCAAAUGCAAGCGAGGUGUAUCCAGCCUGGCCUUCGCCUUGGCCUUCCUGCAGCGCAUGGAUAUGAAGCCUCUGGUGGUCCUGGGGCUGCCAGCUCCCACAGCGCCCUCGGGCUGUCUUUCCUUCUGGGAGGCCAAGGCUCAGCUUGCCCAGAGCUGCAAGGUGCUGGUGGACGCGCUGCGGCACAACGCCGCCACAGCCGUGCCUUUUUUUGGCGGCGGAUCGGUGCUGAGCGCGGCUGAGCCAGCCCCCCAUGCCAGCUAUGGCGGCAUCGUCUCUGUGGAGACCGACCUGCUCCAGUGGUGCCUGGAAUCCGACAGCAUUCCGAUCCUGUGCCCCAUUGGGGAGACGGCCGCGCGCCGCUCUGUGCUCCUUGACUCGCUGGAGGUGACCGCGGCGCUGGCUAAGGAGCUGCAGCCCACCAAAAUCAUCUUCCUCAAUACCACAGGGGGCCUGCGUGACAGCAGUCACAAGGUCCUCAGCAACGUGAACCUGCCCGCUGAUCUGGACCUGGUGACCAGCGCCGAGUGGGUGAGCACCAAAGAACGGCAGCAGAUUCGGCUCAUCGUGGACGUGCUCAGCCGCCUGCCCCACCAUUCCUCGGCUGCCAUCACCGCCGCCAGCACACUGCUCACUGAGCUCUUCAGCAGCAAGGGGGCCGGGACCCUGUUCAAGAAUGCCGAGCGGAUGCUGCGAGUGCGCAGCCUGGACGGCCUGGACCAGGGCCGCCUGGUGAACCUGGUUAACGCCAGCUUCGGCAAGAAGCUCCGGGACGACUACUUGGCCUCGCUGCGCCCGCGGCUGCACUCUGUCUACGUCUCUGAGGGGUACAACGCUGCCGCCAUUCUGACCACGGAGCCCGUGCUGGGGGGCACCCCCUAUCUGGACAAGUUUGUGGUGAGCUCCAGCCGUCAGGGCCAAGGCUCCGGCCAGAUGCUGUGGGAGUGCCUGCGGCAGGACCUGCAGAUGCUUUUCUGGCGCUCCAGAGUCACUAACCCCAUCAAUCCCUGGUACUUCAAGCACAGCGAUGGCAGCUUCUCCAACAAGCAGUGGAUCUUCUUCUGGUUUGGCUUGGCUGAUAUCCGAGACUCCUACGAGCUGGUCAACCACGCCAAGGGACUGCCAGACUCCUUCUGCAAGCCGGCUUCUGACCCAGGCAGCUGACCCUCACCACCAACCCUGCAGGCCCUAGGAUAGCCAGGGUGGACCAAAACCCAGGUCUGCUGGAGGUGACCCCAGGCAGCCACAGGUUUGUUGGCUGAGUGAUCUGCAGAGGAGGAAGCAGCCCCUCCUCCACUCUGCCCAGGGUGGGGGCUGAAGUGGGACAAGCACAGGAAGGAGAAGGGCCCACCCAAGAUCCCCACUGUUCCAAAGCCACAACCACAUGGCCUUCCAUUUUCAGUCUAGGGAUUUGGGGGAGGGGUAGUUGCCUUCGAGGGAUCUACUGAAAACUAAUCUUAAGAGUGGGUGUUUCUGUGGCCUCUGUGCUGAUUUGAGGUUCCUUUGCCCAAAAUAUUACCCCCAUCUGCCUGAUAUUCCACCACUCAUUUUAAUUCUUUCGGGUCUUGCAACUUUUCAGGAGGCCUUGAUUAAAAUGCAAAUACUUGUCUGAGA